UACGGAUUAGGUGGAAAACUAGUAACAGUUCGAGUUGUAAUUGUAAGUUUUGUAUCGGCGAAAUCCAAAUGCUUUAAGUCUUCGGUUUCUGCUGUAUGAAAGUGAUCGCGAAAGUUGGAAAUUUCAUAAUCAUUUUGAAUCUGAAAUCAGUGCAUCUAGACGGGUGAUAUAUGCAUGAUCCUUUGAAAGAGUGCCGGGACCGGAAGUCGACAAAAUAGUACAACUAUAUUCCAUUCGUUUAAUUGGUGUAGCCUAAAAAUCGUGUACCCUGCGGCUCCGCGUUGGUUAUAUAAGCAGCCAUAAUGCGCGCUGUUAAUUCCAAGAGACGCCAUCAGGAGGAUUUCGCGUACGGGGAACCGGAAGUGGUCACUGACAAGAUAGAUUAUUUCUUCCACAAUGGCAUACAUCCGGCCGCUGAGGUCGUUACGGAACCCAUGGUGUUACCGCGCUCGCGACACGAUACAUGGAACAGCGAAGAGUGCGAGGAGGAACCCCUGUUCGACCAGCGUAAACUGCACCGUUCGCGAUCUCAUCCGUGCAGCCGCGAUCCCGAACACAGCCAAACGCACCUGCUGGCCCAUCAGCAGCGUCUCAGCGAGGCCAUGGAGGGCGGCGAUCUAACGAAACUGCUCAGCGACGCUGACACUCUCGAACGGAGUAAAAAGGUCCAGAGUCUGUGGCGCGCUCCGUCCGGAGAGCAGCGCCAGCAGCUGCGAUUAUACAACAGCUUUACGCGGAGAAAAGAGAUCUUUGUCCCGGAGGAUGGGGAGCGAGUGUCAUGGUACACCUGUGGUCCGACGGUGUACGAUGCUUCGCACAUGGGCCAUGCCAGAGCCUACAUCUCCUUCGACAUUCUCCGGCGCGUCCUCACCGACUACUUCAACUACGACGUGCAGUAUGUGAUGAACAUCACCGACAUCGAUGACAAGAUCAUCAAGCGCGCACGGGUCCACUAUCUCUUGGACCGCUACAAACAAUCGAGCCAUAAAAAAGAUGUCAUCCUCGCCGAUUUACGCGAAGCACUGACGCAAUUUUUGACGAUGAUCAACAAAGAAGACUGCCAGGAUAAAAAGUCAGCCUACUCGAACAUCGAUAAGAAAUGCCGCGAUCUGCUCCAGGAGUACGAGCAGUUGACGACCCCCGACCCACCCACCGCGGAGUUGUACGAAGCCUUUAGUGAGCCUCUGGGAAACCAUCUAGACCGCCGCGAUGGCUUCAACGUCACCGACAACGCCAUCUUCGCCGCACUGCCCAAAUUCUGGGAGAACGACUUCCAUGCUGACAUGAGAGCGCUUAAUGUUUUGCCGGCGGAUAUCUUGACGCGGGUCAGCGAAUACGUUCCGGAAAUUGUGCAGUUUAUCCAGAAGAUCGUCUCCAGUGGAUACGCUUAUGAAGCCGAUGGCUCGGUUUACUUUGACACCAAGGCCUUCGAUCAGUCCGAUAAGCAUCACUAUUGCAAGUUGGUACCGGAAGCGUUUGGAGACACGAAAGCCUUGGAGGAAGGCGAAGGCGUUUUGUCGGAACAAAGCCGGGGCAAACGAACAGCCAUGGACUUUGCGCUAUGGAAAGCGUCGAAACCCGGUGAGCCGGCAUGGGAUUCGCCAUGGGGCCGCGGUCGGCCGGGAUGGCACAUUGAGUGCUCUGCCAUGGCUACCGAAGUUCUCGGCGACAAACUGGACAUUCACGCCGGUGGCGUGGAUCUGCGCUUCCCCCACCACGACAACGAGAUUGCUCAGUCGGAGGCGGCGUUUGGGAGCGACGCGUGGGUCAACUACUUCCUGCAUUCGGGCCAUCUAACCAUCACAGGCUGCAAAAUGAGCAAGAGUCUCAAGAACUUCAUCACCAUCAAGGAGGCGCUGAAGAAGAACACGGCCCGCCAGAUCCGCAUUGCUUUCUUGCUCCACUCCUGGAAGGACACGCUCGACUACUCCGACGCUGUCAUGGACGGCGCAGUGCAGUUUGAAAAGACCAUCAAUGAAUUUUUUCUCAAUAUCAAGGAUCUAUUGCGAUCUUCGGCAGCUGAUGAUCACUCAAAAUGGAAUGAAGAGGAUUUAAAACUUAGAGACAAAUUUUUCGCCGACAAAAAGACCAUUCAUAAUGCACUGUGCGAUUCUGUUGAUACACGAACGGUGAUGGACACGAUUCGAAAGAUGAUCAGUGACACGAACGUGUACAACCGCGAAGCGGCAUCCAACGGGCGCAGCCCACAUCCGGCAUUACUGAGGCUAAUUGCGCUGUAUCUGACGAAGAUGAUGCGUAUCUUCGGUGUUUUCGAUGCGGAUGAUAGUAUUGGACCAUCCGUCCAAAUCGCCGGCGGCAGUGGAACGGUUAACCUGGAAGAAGUGGUAUUGCCGUAUGUUCGUGCUCUGGCUGACUUUCGUGACGAAAUUCGACAGGAAGCGCGCGGCUUGGAGAAGGCCGGGAAGAUCUUGCAGCUGUGCGAUAAAGUUCGCGACGACAUCCUGCCCAAUCUGGGCGUCCGGCUGGAGGAUCGCGAGGGCGACAACCAACCGUCGGCCAUCAAACUGGUUGAUCGGGAGACGCUGCUCCGGGAGAAGGAGGCCAAAGUGAAGGUGGAGCAGGAAAAAAAAGCGGAGAAGGAACGUAAACGGCUGGAACUGGAGCAAGCACGGUUGGCCAAGGAGAAGAUCUUGCAAACCCCACCCGAUCAGCUUUUCCGCUUGCAGAUAGACAAAUAUUCACAGUUUGACGGCAAGGGCAUUCCGACGCACGAUGAAAAGGGGCAGGAGCUAAGCAAAGGCCAGAUAAAGAAACUGCAGAAAGCCUACGAACAGCACGAGGCGCAGUUCAACAAACGAGUAACCAAUGGACACGCAGCACCGGUCAACGGCGAGGCCUGAUGUGGCCAGAUGAAGGGCGUUUAAUUUAUAAUACAGAAUCAUUUAUUUAUUAUCCCUUUGUGUAGUGCGUUUUUUUAGAGAUUUGUACGGUUUUUAAGAAGACGAUUUAUUUAGCUUGAAGAGACUGUAUGGAAACUGUAUCUUGUGACCGGAAAUAACCGCAUGUGCGGAAGUAAACUGAAUGAAAAAGAGCGGAGGUAAUAACGA